AUGUCUGACAUCGCCGGCUACGCACUGCGCAGGAAUGGCUCUUGUCUAAGCACCGAACAAGACUGCGGCCCAACAAGCCCUCCAUUUCAUGCUUGCUGUCCCGGAAAUACCUUUUGCCCAGGGCAUCGGUACAACGUGAUCUGCUGCCCUGACGCCGAGUGCAGUGGUUCACUUGGUGAAAGCUGCGCUGAUAGCAAGGCAGAUCUAUUCUCGUCUGAAACGUUUGAUAUAGCGCGCGAAGGGUUUUGCUGUGACAGAGGCAAAUAUGCCUUCACGUCGAAGGAUAAAAACAAUAAAGGGGUUGGAUGUGCAGAUGAUCUAUCUGAUCUAAACUUGAACGUGCGCCAGUUGCCCGUUCUUUCUUCUGCCUCCGAUACACCUACACCCACGCCUAGCUUGGCAUCAUCUACUCUAAUAACCACAUCUCCAACAACCACGAGCGUAUCUUCAACAUCGACAAAUACUAUCUCGUCUGCAACGUCUGCAACUACCAGUGCGGCGGUGAAAGCCUCGUCAACCAAUACGGGGGCUAUUGCAGGCGGUGUCGUCGGAGGUGUGGCUGGUGCGGCAUUCUUGAUUGCCCUCGUUUGGUUCCUUCUACGUCGAAGAAGCAAACAACGCGAAAUAAACAAUUCACAUGGGCCCUCUACAAACAACCCUCAGACUCAACAAUACUUCUCACAAUCAGCCAAUAACCACCAAGUAGCUCCCUCAGAGCUCGAUGCCAGGAAGUCACAACAAGUUUCUGAAUUAUACGCUGGGCCGGUUACCUAUCGAUGA